GUUUGGUCCUGCCCCUGUGUGGAGGGUGUUGCCUAACGGUAGUGUUGUGUUUCUGUUUCUUUCCCAGGUCACAUCAGAUCCUCUUCUGCGGGCCACCCUACCAUCAAGACUGAAACGAAUCUCAAGAAAGCGAGACAAAUAAUUCAGGAUGUCACGGGAGCAGCAGGCAGUGGAUCGCGCCAGGAAAGCCUUUGAAACAGGCAGGUCCAAAUGUUUAGAGCAUCGGAUCCACCAGCUGAAGAACCUACAGCGGUUAUUCACUGAGAAACAGAAAGAGAUUUCAAAUGCCAUCAAAAAAGACCUCAAUAAGAGUGAGGUGGGGACCCAGUUUUAUGAGACUCUGGGUGUGGAGGGGGAGAUCAACCUGGCCAUCAGGAAGCUGAAGGAGUGGGCGGCCCCUCGUCCUGUGGAGAAGAACCUCCUCACCCUCUCGGACACCGUCUACAUCCAGCCCGAGCCACUGGGAGUGGUGCUUAUCAUCGGGGCCUGGAACUACCCCUGGGCUAUCACCAUCCAGCCGCUCAUUGGAGCCAUCGCUGCUGGUAAUGCCGCUGUAAUCAAACCCUCCGAGGUCUGUGCUCACACUGCAAAGGUCAUGGAGGACCUGCUGCCAUGUUACAUUGACAAAGAGCUUUACCCUGUUGUAACCGGAGGAGUGCCAGAGACCCAGGAGCUGCUGCGCCAGAGGUUCGAUCAUAUCUUCUACACCGGCAACAGCACAGUGGGCAAACUGAUCAUGGAGGCUGCUGCCAAACACCUGACACCUGUCACCCUGGAGCUGGGCGGCAAGAGCCCCUGCUACAUUGACAAGAACUGUGACAUAAGCAUGGCCUGCAGGCGUAUUGCCUGGGGAAAGUACACAAACUGUGGUCAGACCUGCAUCGCCCCGGACUACAUCCUCUGUGAGCCCAGCAUCCAGGACCAGGUCAUUCAAGAGAUCAAGAAAGCCAUUAAGGAGUUUUACACAGACAACCCAAAGACCUGCCUUGACUACGGACGCAUUAUCAACCAGCGCCACUUCAAGAGGAUCAUGGCCAUGUUGGAGGACAGCACCAUUGCUGUGGGAGGAGACAAUGAUGAGUCAGACUGCUACAUAGCCCCCACAGUUUUGCGGGAUGUGAAGCCAGAGGCGAAGGUGAUGCAGGACGAGAUAUUUGGACCUCUGCUUCCCAUCUUGUCGGUCAGCAGCCUGGACGAAGCGAUCAAGUUUAUCAAUCGGAGAGAGAAACCUCUGGCUCUCUACGUCUUCUCACACGAUAAAAAGGUGAUAAAGAGAAUGACAGACGAGACCUCCAGUGGAGGAUUUCUGGCCAAUGACUGUCUUGUGCACUUUUCUGUCAGCUCUCUGCCAUUCGGUGGAGUGGGAAACAGCGGUAUGGGUUGCUACCACGGCAAGUUCAGCUUUGAUCAGCUGAGCCACCUGCGUGGUUGUCUCAUCAAACAGCUGAAAAUGGAGGGGAUGAACAGCAUGCGGUACCCGCCUCACACACCCCAGAAGCUGGGCUGGGCACGCUUCUUCAUCCUGAAGAGCGUAGACCUGGGCUGGGUGGGACGGAUGGCGCUUUUAGCUAUCCUGACUGUGGUGGCUGCUGUUGCACUACAGCGUUAUCUCUUUUGAAGACAUCCCACUGCAUGUCAGGCAACAAGCCUGCUGUUUCCUUAAUCCUGAGGACCAGAGUGAAGAAAGGACCAUUUCAUCCACAAGUUUCAAGAAUCUACACAGGAUUGCUUUAAUACAACAAAUGUUAAGAGGAUCAUUUAAUUCUUUUAGAGUUUUAUGUAGCUCACUGUAGCAAGCAUCUUAUUUUGAUGAAGGUAAUUAUUUAUUCCCAGGUAUGGCCCUUACAUUUGUGGUCAGCAUUAUCAUGAGCCAUAUUAAGCCGUUAGCAACAAGUGACAAAAUCUAUAACACUACUGUGAGACUACCAGUAUGAUAUCAGUUUUUUUCACUUAACUGUGAUAUGAUCAAGAAACAGUGUUCACUAAAUAAUGAAGGUCAUUAAGUUUAACUAAUCUGCAAUUUCUUGUCAUAAUCUAAUUGUUUUUAUUGUGUAGAAGUUGCCUGCAGUUCAUUCCAGCCAUUUCACUGACAGAUAAGAGAUGAUCAGUUUGUCUCUGAGCCUUCAGUGUUCAGUCACUGGGUUUUCAGUCUUCCUUUAUUUGACUGCAGCCUGUCUCUAUCAGACGGGGUGUGAAGGAUGUUUUUAUUUCAUUUCCUUAAAAUGCCAAAUGUCUGUAACAAAUUUAAGCAACCUUGUGAAUUGUUUGGUGAUCUUCAAACAACAACAGUUGCUAAAUAUUUGUAAUUAAUAGUGGAAUAAAUACACAUAUGUUUCUAUACUGGAUUCAUAAUCGUAAUAAUACAAUAAAUAUAUUUCUGCAACUAUGA